AUGUUUAGUAAUUCUGUGGUACCUGACUGGGUGCCAAUUUAUUAUUUGAAGCUUAAAGAGGAAGAAAUGAAGUGCAAUAUAUGUGAAAUUAUUCUUCAUGUUGCUGAAAAAUCACCAGAUCUAUUAGAACAUAUAAAAGCUAACCACAAAGAGGUUUAUGAAUUACAUAAAGAAAAUCCAGAAGCAACAGUGGGGUUUCGCAUAGAAUUUCUACAUCUGAAUGUGUUAAGUGAUGAAGGUGACCCAAAAACGCAACCUAUUAUUAUCGGAGAGGUUUGUGAAACAGAAACAGAAGAGAUUGUUAAACCAAUUACUGUAAAAGACAUUGACACUCUUUCCCAUAAUGUAAAGAAAGUGAGGCGUGAAGUUGAAACAAGAAAAAAGAGUUGGGUAUGGAAAUACUUUGAUCGCAUAAGCGACAUCAUUUAUCGUUGUACGUUGUGCGAUUCUAUCCUGUCUAUCAAAGGUUGCAACACUAAUAACAUGAAUCGUCAUGUCAGAACAAAGCACCCAAGUGUAUAUCAAACUGAGAUGUUAGAGAAAAAAAAUCUUGAGAUGGACUCUAGCGUUGAAAUUGAACACUCUUCAAUGUCAGAAGAUAUAAGUACGGAUUUCGAAAGAUAUGAAAUAGAAACCAAAGCGCAGAAACAACUCCAUAGACGCAGUUGGAUCUGGUUGUAUUUUGACCGCAUAUCGAGCACUCUGGCACAGUGCAAAUUAUGCAAGAGAAACAUUAGUCAUGGCGGCAACGCCACUGGCAACAUGAAUCGCCAUUUGAAGAUGAUACAUCGCAAAACUGGACAUUCAGAAAAAAAUUAUGAUAGUGAUGACCCUCAAGCUGAUAAGGAUUAUAUGCUAAUGGAAAACUCUUCAGAUUCUGACUCAUAUGAUACCAGGAGAAUUCCAAAGAAGAGAAUAUACAACAUAAAGAAAAUAUUUAACGAUGGCAAUGAAAAAACGAGUAAGAAGGAAAACAAUAUCUAUGAAAUAUCUUUGCAGAAUACACAAAGUAACGAACUACGAUUUGAAAAGAAACAAGAAUGUAAUCCGUCCAACAGAAACGAUAGCGCUGAAACUGAAAAAGGUGUGCAAUCUUCUUUACAAGCUAGACAAACGAAAACGAGACCAACUGCCAAAUCUUCAACAAAAAAGCAACCAUAA